AUGGGUUCCCAUUUUGAUGCCUCAUUCGAGUCGGCAACACCGUUCCGGGUUUUGAUCCUGGGCGGCUCUUACGGAGGCCUUUCGACAGCGCUGAGUCUGGUCGAUCUGGCAGAAGGGCGGGCGGCGAGGACAGGCGGUGGAGUCGUUCCCGGCCAUGAGGGCAAGAUCCCUCUUGAAGUGACGAUUGUUGAUGAACGAGAUGGUUACUACCAUCUCAUCGGUUCGCCCUUGGCCCUAGCAGAUGAAGCCUACGCCUCCAAAGCCUGGGUCAAGUACACCGACAUCACCGCCCUCCAGAGCAGCCCCAAGAUCAGCGUGCUGCGCGGCACCGUCCAAAGCGUCCACCCAGCCACCAAGACCGCCACCGUCCUCGACGCCGAGACCCAGCAGGCCCGCGCCCUCAGCUACGACUACCUCGCCGUGGCCACGGGCCUGCGGCGGGCCUGGCCCGUGGUGCCCCAGUCGCUGCUGCGGAAGCAGUACCUCGUCGAGGCCCGGUCACACAUCGACGCGGUGGGCGGCAGCGGUGGCGCAGGCGACGAGGGCGUGGUGGUCGUGGGCGGCGGGGCGGUGGGCAUCGAGAUGGCGGCUGAGCUGAAGCUGGUGCGGCCUGAAGUCAAAGUCACGCUCGUGCACAGCCACGACCGGCUGCUGAGCUCGGAGCCGCUGCCGGACGAGUGCAAGGCGCGGGCGCUGGAGCUGGUGAGGGAGGCUGGCGUGGAGGUGCUCCUGGGCAAGAGGGUCGCGGAGACGAGGGAGAAGGAGAAGAAGAAGGAAGGAGGAGAAGGAGAAGGAGGAGGUAGCGGCGGCGGCGGUAGGACGGUGAAGGAGAUUGUGUUUACGGACGGGGAGACGAUGGAUGCGAAUGUGGUGAUUAUGGCCAUCUCGAGGAGCAUCCCGUCGACUGCGUUUCUGCCACAGGAAGUGCUGGUGGGUGACGACAAAGGGUUGAUCAAAGUCAGACCGAACCUCAUGUUCGCAGCCACAGGCCUGCCGAAUGCCGACUGCCACUUUGCCGUGGGCGACGCCAUCCGCUGGUCGGGCAUCAAGCGGUGCGGAGCCGCCAUGCACAUGGGCUUCUUCGCGGCGCACAACAUCCACGAGUGUAUCCUGUACAGGAUGAACAAGGAGCGAGGGGGCGGGGCCGAGCCACCGCCCAAGUUCCAGGAGCUGGACGAGAUCCCGCCCAUGAUCGGGCUGGCCGUGGGCAAGAAGGCCAUGUCGUACAGUCCUGCCCAGGGCGUGGCGUCUGGCGAGGAUGUCAUGAAGGCAUUCUUUGGGAAUGACCUCGGAUUUGAUAUUUGUUGGAAUUACAUGAAAUUGGGUGAACCUACUGGAACGCCCAGAGGGGGUGUUCUAGAUGGUUGAAGAAGAGGAAGAAGAUUCCAGCAGCGGAAUAGGAAGAAAGGGCCUGGGAAAAAAAAGGAAAUGGACUCGAUGAGUAUCUACAAUAUAUUUUCUGCAUAAAAGGGCGUCAAACUUGGUAUAGAUUUGUUGAGAGUAGAACAUAGGUUUUGAACUCUAAAAUUGAUUGAUUAUGGACCCAAUG